UGUCAUGCAUUUAUUUCCACUUUCACAUUGCUCGAGGCGGUGAACAGGCAGUAUUAGGAAAACAACAAGGACUAGCCAUGGCCUGGAAGAAAUAUCUUUGGCUGUUGACAGUUAUUGCACUGCUGACAGUCAGUUCUGUGAAAGCAGAGGAUGAUGAUGACGAUACAGUAGAGGAAAAAGAAGAUGAGGAGAAAGAGGAAUCUGACGUUCUUGUUUUAACCAAAGACAACUUUGACAAGGUUAUCAAUGAUAAUGACAAUGUAAUGGUGGAAUUCUAUGCCCCCUGGUGUGGACAUUGUAAAUCCUUAGAACCACUUUAUGCCAAGGCAGCCCAGGUCCUGAAGACUUGGGACCCCCCAGUUCCCCUUGCCAAAGUCGAUGCUACCAUAGAAUCUGACUUGGCAUCAAGAUUUGAUGUGAGUGGCUACCCAACUCUAAAGUUCUUCAAGAAAGGUGUACCUUAUGAUUAUGAUGAUGCCAGAACUACUGAAGGUCUGAUACGGUAUGUCAAGGAAAGAUCAGACCCCGAUUGGAAACCCCCUCCAGAGGCCGUUGUGACCUUGACCAAGGACAACUUCAAGGACUUUAUCAACAAUGACCUGAGCUUAGUCGAGUUCUAUGCCCCAUGGUGUGGUCACUGCAAGGCCCUGGCGCCUUCCUACGAGAAAGCAGCCAAACAGCUGAACAUCCAGUCAGAGCCAAUACCCCUGGGAAAAGUAGAUGCCACGGUGGAAACGGAGCUAGCCUCAGAGUAUGAGGUCUCAGGGUACCCCACCCUCUUCCUGUUCAGGAAAGGGAAGAAAUAUGAAUACAAUGGACCCAGGGAUGAAACUGGUAUUGUGAACUAUAUGAUCAUGCAACAGGGAGAGGCCUCAAAACUGAAACUGAGUGUGAAGGACGUGAAGUCAUCCAUGAAACAGGAUGAAAUCUAUGUCAUGGGGUUCUUUGACAACCUCAACGAUCCUAAACUCCGGAUGUACAUGGAUGCAGCAAACGCAAUGCGUGAAGAGUUUUCCUUCGGCCACACCUUGGAUCCAAAGAUCGGUGAUGCCUACAAAACCAAUCCGCAGACCGUCCUAGUUUUCACACCUGAGAGAUAUUAUACCAAAUAUGAACCUAAGUGGCAUGUUAUGAAACUGGACAAUAUUAAAGAUGAGGGAGACAUUGUGGAGUUUGUUCGUAAGCGAGAGGUACCAUUGGUCGGUCAGUACAAGGCUAACAACAUCAAACUGUACCAGAAGUACCGCCCGCUCUGUUUCGUCUUCUACACCGUGGACUGGAGCUUUGACCACAGAGACGCUACCCAGUUAUGGAGGAAUAAGGUUGCCAAAAUUGCCAACAAUCACAAAGAGGUAAAAUUUGCCAUCGCCGACGAAGACGAGCACAGUCACUUGUUAGCCGAGUUUGGAUUGGACGAUUCUGGAGAGGAAAUCAACAUUGCCUGUUAUGGCCCUGACGGAAAGAAAUAUCCAAUGGAGCCCAUGGAAGAGUGGGAAGAUGAUGAAGUGGAAGAAUACAUCACCAAAAUGAAGAAAGGUAAACUGACCCCUCACCUUAAGUCCCAACCUAUCCCAAAACGACAGGACAGCCCAGUGAAAACCGUGGUCGGCAAAUCUUUCGACAAAAUUGUUAAAGACAAGUCAAAGGACGUAUUAAUCGAGUUGUAUGCACCUUGGUGUGGCCAUUGCAAACAGCUGGAGCCUAUCUAUAAAGAACUCGCAACCAAAGUCAAAAAGGAGAAAAAUCUCGUGAUAGCCAAAAUGGAUGCUACCGCUAACGAUGUACCUGAAGCAUUUAAAGCUGAGGGAUUCCCCACGAUAUAUUUUGCGCCUUCUAACAAUAAAGACAAUCCUGUGAAAUAUAGCGGUGGAAGGACAGUAGACGAUUUUAUGAAAUAUCUGAAGGAGCAUGCUACUGUAGCCUUUAAAGGAAAAGAUGAGUUAUAAUACUGUUGUGUGAUAGGUUAUAGAGUAAAUGGAUGUGUUUAUUUAGAGGUACUUUUGUUACAGAAUGAAAUUUGCAAAGCUAAUCUUUACCAAAUUGUAAGAAAAAAACCUAUAUUGAUAUACACUAAUAUUAGCAAAAAUAUAAUAAUAUACAAAUAUAAGGGAAAGGAUGAAAUGCAAUAGGUAAUAGACUAUAGUUUUGCAGGAUGAAAUAUAAGGUACAUGUAAUCUAUUGGUCAAAAGUUGAUAUUUUUUUUACAGCGUAUAAAGGGAUUUUGUUAGACUUUGGUUGUAAUUUUUGUAGUUUACUUUACAAAAUUAAUCAAACAAGAGAUUUCUUUCAAUCUGAAAAUUUUUUAUACAUUGGUUGUUUAUAAAUCCAGCAGAUAGAAGGGUGUUGAAAUCCUUGGUAAGGGUUUUCUUUAUUGUUCAUUUUUCAUUAUUUACCAUAAGAACAUUGCAAUUGACCAAACAUUUGUGAUAACACUCAAGGUUUUAUUUGCCAGAAUCUUAUCAAUUAUUUAUUUUAUUGGAGUCAAAAGUAUGUAUGUUUUUGUUUGUACUUUUAAAAGAUCUAGUUGUUAAUAUGAAUUUAUUGGUUUAAUAAACAUGAUACAUGUAUCUAACAAAAUCCAGGAAAAAAGGCAAUGUGAACAUAUUUCUGUUAUUCUGUACUUAGAAGUUUGCCAGUUGUGUAGACAAUAUCUUACAUAUUUUGUGAAUUGUUUAUUUUAUAUCACUGAAGGAAGAGAGGGUGGAAUUUUUCUCAAUUUUUUGUGAUUGAUUACCUGUUUAUGGUGAACCAUUUUUUGAUAAAAUGAAGGAGGAAUUCAUGGGUACAAUUGUGUUACUGUUCAUUUGAAAUGGAUUAUGUCUGUGGAUAAAAGUUUUAAUGUAUGCAAUAUUAUAAAGCUUACUCAUCAUAUAAAUUGAAUAUAUUUGUAAUAAAAAUCGUUUC